UCACGAUCGUUGUGGUAUCGAAGUGUUAAAAAAAAAGUUUGAUUUGAAAAUAUAACGGAAAUUUCACAUCGGUCCAGCAUCGUCGAGUCCUCUCGAUUUUUCUUCCGGUCAACUACACAUCCAGUUCGAUUCAACUCAAGUCUUUAGAUCGCAUCAGGGAUAUAAAAUCGUUGCGUGGCUGAUAUGGAAACCAAGAAAACACUGACUCAAAGGAAUCCCGAAGAAAAAGCAAAUUUUCUUAGCAAACUCGUCUUCGGGUGGACAGUUCCAAUUUUUCUUACUGGGGCUAAAAAGGAAUUGGAUGUUACCGAUUUAUACGAUCCUUUGAAAUCCGAUGAAUCCGAACGUCUCGGUGACCGUCUUGAGCUCGAAUGGAAAAAGGAAUUGGCAAAAGCUGAGCAGGAAUUAACGCUCGGUGCCGAUGGAAAAAAGGGGAAGUCGAGCAAACCGAGUCUUACGAGGGCGUUAGCGCGGAUGUUUUGGGCUCAGUUUAUGCUCCAGGGUCUUCUUCUUCUUUGCCAAUGUUGCAUCGUCUACAUUAUACAAGUUAUAGUACAAGGAUGGAUAAUCACAUAUUUUUCCCCUGGUCAAAGACAUUCGAUAUCGUACAACGACGUACUGCUUUACGGCGGAUAUCUCGUCUUCUUUACAUUCCUUGUAGUGCUGCUCGGUCACCAUACCAGCCUCAGAAAUCAACAAAUUGGAAUGAAAACGAGGAUCGCCUGCUGCUCGAUGAUAUACAGAAAGGUUCUGCGCCUCAAUCAAGCUGCAGCGAGUGGUACCGCUGCGGGUCAGGUAGCUAACCUUAUGAGCAAUGACGUUGGUCGUUUCGAUUUGGUUUUUAUGUAUCUUCAUCACGUAUGGAUAAUGCCGAUACAGAUUUUGGUCAUGAGUUUUGUGAUGUGGCAAUCGGUCGGCGUUGCUACAAUCGUCGGAUUGGGCGCUAUGGUGUUGCAAACGAUUCCGAUCCAGGGAUAUUUGAGUCGGAUCAGCGGAAGGCUCAGGUCAAAAAUCGCUGUGAAAACCGACGAACGAGUUCAACUGAUGAGUGAAUUGAUUUUUGGAAUUCAGGUAGUGAAGAUGUACGCGUGGGAAAAACCUUUUGAGUCCAUUGUAGCAAAAGUCAGAGCUUUCGAGAUAAAGUUGAUAAGCUAUACUUCAUACCUCAGGGGUAUUUACUUGAGUAUAAUCGUAUUCUCUGAACGAGUCACGUUAUAUUUGACGCUGAUAACUUUUGUAUUGAUGGGAAACUCCCUCACCGCUCAAAUAACAUUUGUAUUGGCGAAUCUAUUCAAUAUACUACAACAUACUUGCGCGACGUGUUUUCCACACGCUGUAAUAAUGGCAGGUGAAGCCGCCGUAUCAUUAGAACGAUUGUCGGAAUUUUUGCUUCUCGAGGAAGUGAAAAAAUCCGAUUCUACCAAACCAGAUCACCGAGAUGGUACCGAAAAAUCAUCUGUGGCGAUUGUCUCGUCUAGUCAAAAAAAAGAGGAAGGUAUCGGAAUCGACAUGAUAAAAAUAUCAGCUAAUUGGGUCUACGGUCAACUUCCCCCAACUUUGUGUCAAGUCUCAAUGACACUUGAAGGCAAAUCUCUGUGCGCCGUUGUGGGAUCCGUUGGAUCGGGUAAAUCAUCGUUGCUGCAUCUUUUGAUGGGAGAGCUUCCGAUCGGUGCCGGGAGAUUAAAGUUUUUCAGCGGAAAGGAUCCGAACAGCAGGAUAAAUUCUGCCGAUAUUAAAAUUUCUUACGCUUGCCAAGAUCCUUGGCUCUUCUCCGCUUCGAUUCGAGACAAUAUACUGUUCGGAGAAACUUACGACGAAGAUCGAUACAAAGAGGUUACCAGAGUCUGUGCCCUGCACAGAGAUUUUCAACAGUUACCCGACGGUGACAUGAGCUUCGUUGGAGAAAGAGGGGCGGUUCUAUCCGGAGGGCAAAAGGCGAGGGUUAAUCUUGCGAGAGCGGUUUACAGAGACGCGGAUCUGUACUUGUUAGAUGAUCCUCUUAGCGCGGUGGAUCCUUGCGUGGGUCGUAUACUGUUCGACCAAUGCAUAAACGGAUAUCUGAAGGGGAAAACUCGCAUUUUAGCCACUCAUCAGAUUCAAUAUGUCUCUCAGGCGGAUCAUAUAGUUGUUCUGAACCGGGGCAACGUCGAACAUCAAGGUCCACCGAAAGGGCUGGAAUCUGAUUUCAAGAUGUUGGAAACCGAGGCGUCCCUCGAGCAGGGAGACGCCGUUUACAUUGAAGAGUCGAGCGCGUUAGAGGCGCGCACGCAGUCUGCGAAAGAAAAUAUCGACAAUCAAGAUGCAGUGGUACUGGCGCAGGUGGAAAAUACGACGGGUUUGAGAGAAGUAGAAGCUGAAGAGGUCGAAAAGGGCAAAAUGUCCAGUAAAGUUUGGACGGGUUAUUUCGGAGCUGGAGGAAAUAUUUGUUCCCUUGGUUUUUUGAUCCUGAUUUUCAUAGGUGCGCAAGCGCUUACGAGUGGUUGCGACUACUGGGUUUCCGUUUGGACCAAUUUAGAGACCCUCAGACGCGCUUUUCAAUAUAACAAAACUCUCGCCACAACCGUUGCGGACAAUGACAGCAAAAUUAUACACCACCGAAAAAAUGAAACGUCCGAUUGGUACUCGGAAGCUACCUACAACCCCGAAUCACUUUUAUACGAUGAAUUCGGUGUACUUCACUCUCACGUGGCCAUCUACGUUUACACCUUGUGUGUCGUCGGCUGCAUUUUGUUGACCCUGCUGCGAGGCAUCUUAUUUUUUGCAAUUUGCAUGAAGGCCAGUCGCCACAUUCAUGACAAAAUAUUUCUCAACUUAUCCCAAGCCACUAUGAGGUUCUUCAACACUCAUCCAUCAGGAAGAAUUCUUAACCGAUUUUCGAAGGACGUUGGUGCAAUGGACGAGCUUUUACCUAGAGCGUUGCUUGAGGCACUUCGAGCAUUUUCUGUAAUGAUUGGUAACCUGACUGUAGUCGCAAUUGUUAAUAACUGGAUGAUAUUGGUUCUGACUGUCAUGGCCUCGAUUUUCUGGUUUAUAAGAGUAUACUAUCUGAAAACUGCUCAGGAGAUCAAACGGCUCGAAGGAAUAACAAAGAGUCCGAUGUUCUCACACGUCACAUCGACGCUGAACGGGCUAACGACUAUCAGAAGUCGAGGUGGUCCAGUGGAGGCAAUAAUGCGAAAAGAAUUUGAUCAGUAUCAAGACAUUCAUACCGGGGCUGCUUAUCUCACGAUAGCAACAGCAACGAUGUUUGGAUUUAUUCUCGAUCUCCUCACAUGCGGUCUGAUCGGCUGCGUUUGUUUCUCUUUCAUUCUAAUGGACGAUGGAACGACUCUCGGGGGCUAUGUGGGACUUGCGCUUUCUCAAUCUCUAAUUUUAACUGGAAUGGUUCAGCACGGAAUGAGACAAAGUGCAGAAGUUGUGUCGCAAAUGACAUCGGUAGAAAGGGUCCUUCAGUAUUCCUCAUUGCCCAAAGAAGGGCCAUUCACAACUAAAGAUCCUCCCCCAGGAUCCUGGCCUUCGAAGGGCGGUAUAGUAUUCAAAAACGUAUCGAUGCGAUACGCGGAAAACAAACCACCAGUCUUGAAGAAUAUGAACGUGACGAUCGAACCCGGUUGGAAGGUGGGAAUAGUGGGAAGAACGGGUGCAGGAAAAUCAUCGUUAAUAUCUGCGCUGUUCUGUUUGGCGGGUGACGGACUCGAGGGUGAAAUAUCGGUGGAUCGGAUCGACACAAAAUCGAUAGGCCUUCACGAGCUGCGUCCAAAAAUUUCCAUAAUCCCUCAGGAGCCAAUCCUGUUCUCAGCUAGCCUUCGCUUCAAUUUGGAUCCAUUCGAACAGUACACCGACGCUGAAUUAUGGGAUAGCCUCCGGGAAGUGGAACUUGGUGACUGCGUACCUUCUCUAGAGUUCAAGGUCGCCGGAGGCGGAGCGAACUUCAGCGUGGGUCAAAGACAGCUCAUAUGCUUAGCUAGGGCUAUUCUUAGAAAUAAUCGUGUCCUCGUCCUUGACGAAGCGACUGCCAAUGUCGACAGAAAUACCGAUGCCCUCAUUCAAAACACCAUUAGACGGAAGUUUGCAGAUUGCACUGUACUAACGAUCGCACAUCGUUUGAAUACGAUAAUGGACAGCGAUCGGGUUCUUGUCAUGAGCGGUGGAAAAAUAAUGGAGUUCGGUCAUCCCUAUUUAUUGUUGAAAAAUCACGGGUCUUACUUUCACGAAAUGGUACAGCAGACGGGCAAAGGAAUGUCCGAGAAGCUUACCGAUAUUGCGGAAGUCGCUUACUCGCAGAAAUACGAAAUCAUCACGGAUACUACGUAUCUAUAAGUUUCUUCAGGAACGUAAACUAUGGAGAAUUAUUCAAAUAAUCGUCAUCGUCAUCAGCAUAGAUUUUAGAUAUUGCAUAUCUUUCAUGAUAAUUACAUCUCACGACCGCGAUCACCGAGAAUCUAUAGUAUUUAAAAAAUGUAGCACCGUAUAGAGUUCGAUGCAAUCUAUCGAUGUAGAUUGUCAUCGGUUGGUUUUGAUAUUAUUAUUUCUUUGAAGCCUUGUUUUCAAUUAUCGUAUAUGUUCGGCAUAUAUUUAAGUGCUAACUAAAAUGACAGACGUGUAUUUUUGUGUAAAUUAUUAUUAUUAUUAUAUUUUACACGAGAAAUGAGUUUUCGAAUGAAAUAAUAUCAGUUAACUUUCAACAAAGACGAGAAUGUUGGAUUAGCAAUAAAUUUACUUUUUAAAUUUUUCUCUUUUUUCUUUUACUGCAGGUAAUAAUAGAACAUUUGCUUUGGGUAUUAAAUAUAAUUAUACAAAUGAAUUAUAUUUACUUGAAGUAUAUGAAGAAGAAAAAAAAUUUCCUAUAAGUAAUUAGGGUAAUUAUCAGCUGAGCUGGUCAUCUUAGGAUUACAUAAAUCAUAGUAAAAUUACAUAAAUAAAUAAUAGUUGCAAAUCA